GGAGAAACCAGUGCGAUAGACGCUAACGUUACUGCUCAAUCUGAAUCUGGUGUUGGUGUCUCUCCGGCUGCCCGUGUUGAAUUGGCCACUUUCUGUCGCGGACCAGAGGAUCUUUAACCAUGCAUUUCGGUCUUGUGGAUUGAUGCUAAAUGAUUUCGUCGAAUGUCAUCCGUAAAUAACUGGAUCCCGGGUGUGAGGCGGAGUGUUUGGCCCAUGUUGCUCUAGGAGUGAGUGUGUGUGUGUGUGUGUGUGUGUGUGUGUGUGUGUGGGUGUGUGUGUGGGUGUGUGUGUGUGUGUGUGUGUGGGUGGGUGGGUGGGUGUGUGUGUGGGUGUAUGUGAGUGAGUGAGUGUGUGUAUGAGAUGCUGGCCUGUCUGCCAGGGCCAGGUGAUCUCUCCCUUCAGCUCCACCCCCACUCGCAGAUGAACACUGGACUUCAGAAAUGGGACACUCCACAAAGGAUGAGAUCUGCUCAGUAUCCAACCCCUGCGGAAUUGGAUGCUUAUGCUAAAAAGGUUGCCAACAAUCCACUCACCAUCAAGAUCUUCCCCAACAGCGUCAAGGUCCCUCAGCGAAACCACAUUCGUCGUACAGUCAACGGACUUGACACAGCUGGCCCCCGAUACAGUCCCUACCCUUCUUCUCAGACCACUGCCAAGACUGGUCUCCUUGCCAUCGUCAAAGUGCCCCUCGUCAAGGGUAUCAUCAAGGACUUCAACGGCACACGGGCACGUCUGCACCCAGAGGUGAUCAUGAAUGCCGCCGGUGGCCCUUAUGCAGCCACCUCGGCCAGCACUUUAAACCUGCACCACCUGUCGCAGGGUCCUCCAAGAGGGUCCCAGAAUCCGCAGGGACUUCCUCAACACCCUCAGAAUCUCCAGACUUUGCAGCAGCCUGGGCCUCCACACCAAGGACUUGGACACAGACCUCCUCCCUCCAUGCCACAACAGCUCCAGGGCCUUCCGAGGCCGCAAAAUCUGUCCCACGCAGCUUCUUUGGGCCACCCUGGCACCCACCCACCUCCAGCCAUCCUGCUUCCUCAGCAGCAUCUACAAAACCCCUCUGCAAGCUUGCAGGUGGGUGCUCGGAAGGUACCGGUUGCAGACGCCCCUCCUAACGUGACUGUUUCUACCUCAACCAUUCCAUUGUCCAUGGCCGCAGGGCUCCACCAGGACCGUCAGGCGGACUUAAACAGCAUAGUGCAUCAGAUAAGCCAGUUCUGCCAUGCUAGGGCUCAGGGUGCCGGUGCUACGUCGAUGUGUGAAGGACAGAUCGCCAACCCCAGUCCCAUUAACCGAAAUCUACUCAUCAACGCCAGUUCUCGAGUCUCGGUGCAUGCGGGAAACCCUAGUGCACUCGCUCCUGGUCUCAUGCACCCAUCCUGUGCUAUUGGACCUCCUGAUAAAGUAACUGCUUCUGCGCCGGUGAGUGCAAUGCCUCCGCAUAACAUGGCUGCAAUGAACCACAUGUAUCACAGCGAUAUGAAACAACAGCAGCACCUACAGCAUCAAAGCCAUCAACCUCAGCGAAAUCCCCAGCAUCCACAGAUGAGGUCCUGGACUCAGCAUCAGCUUGCUCACCUUCAGCACAUUUCCGAAGGGGGCGGACACCCCUGCAAACCGCAGAGUCGUACCUAUCCCCCAGAGAUGGGCAUGGGGCAGCCUUAUGCCAUGAAACCCUCCAGCCCUUCGUCGCCACUUGCCAACAACCACAGCAGCAAUGCAAUGCCACCAGGCGCAGUGACGCACUACACCAACGGGCAGUACUACCACCAGCCGCCAGUGUGGGGUAGUAUUCUUCCCACACCCAACAGUGACAGCUCUGGCUCACAGGACCUCCCUUUGCCCUUCCAUGGCACUGGCACGGGCAAUACCAACCCCACCCCGGGGAUGGACCCCGUGGGAGGAGCGGCCCAUUAUCGAUUAGUAGGGGGUGCCUUAAUAGGGCAGACUAAUCUGAUGCAAACAGCAGAUUGCAUGGGAGGGGACUUCCAGACGCCCUGCUUCCGAGAUCAGAAUCUCAUCCUGAUGGGGAAGAUGCACAGGCCACCCCCUAUGGGCCGGGUAGUGGUCCCCCCCUCCGAGGCGCAAGGCCAGCACCCAGGGUACAGAUAAGCUUCAGCUCACAAGCCUCAGACACAGUCUCUCCUCAGUGAAGUCAGCCACACACGUGCGUGUCCUCGACAUCUUCUGUUAGUCUUAAUAAAAUUUCAUUACGAGAGGAACUACAUGAGCUCAAAAUCUCAAGGAUGAUUGUUGAUGAAAACAAAGAAAAAAAAUUAAGAAUUUAAACAUGUCUAACUAAUGAAGAGCAGUGUUUUGUGUGUUUAAUCUUGCAAGUGAUCAAUUUAUUUUCUUUUAACAAGUGCUUUUUGAGGCACUAAAGGGAACUUAGUUUAGGUUUUUUCCAAACUUGAAUUCUGUCUAUCUCUCCUAGUACCUGGAUCUCAAGUGCUCCUGGGUUAUUUAUGACCAUCUUUCUUGUGUUAGUGCUUACAUUAUUAAAAGUGUCUGUGCAUUGGACAAGCAACUUGCUUUCAUUUGAGAGAUCUUUGUUUCAAGCCUGUCUACUAACAUCAAGAUGGCUGACAGGCUCAGAGCACUUCCCUCUUCAGCAUGACACAUUCUUUGUCCUUUAUUUCUUUUGUCAGUGUCUGAACUAUAUGGAAAAACGCCAAUCACUGGUCCCUUCAGACUGUUCCUUGGUCAUGUGUUCCUUUACAUCAAGCACCCCUGUUUCUUUAUUUUUAGAAAGAAAAUGUAUUUGUUAUGGGCUUUCUGGAUUUAUGUGUAAAAUGGGAACUGCUUUAAGCUUGUGAAAGGUUGAAACAUCACCUCAUUUUGCUGGACACAACAGGAAACUUAAAAGACAGGAACCGCAUACAAUAUGUAUCACGCCUCUUUUAGUGAUGCAACAAAUCAGGUGUCAUUUGCAUUCUGAGUCACUAAUGUGAGUGAAGUUUUGUAUAAUGAUUGUGACAAAUUCUCUCUUUUCUCUGUAAAGCUGUAAAGGCCAAAGGAGAAUAGCUACAGAGGUUUCAAUGUUAAAUCUGUGCCAUUUUCGUUUAACCUAAUCAUUAUACUCCUUUUAUUUCCUAACAUAUGAGAAACUACUACUUGAAUUGUAUAGAUGAGUUGUGCAGUUUCAGGUGGGUCAAAUGUGGUAUAGCUGUGUAAGUGGGUUUGAAGGACUAAACAUACUACUGAAGAUGGUGUCUGUAGGCUUGUUACUAAUAUUAUGAUGUAGAAACUAUGUACCAAAUCAAGGGGUUUAUGAUCCUGCUUUUUCUAAUUCAUCCUUUAUAAUAACAUAAAGUAGGAAUUGCUACUGAUUCUUUUGUGAAGUGUGCUUGAAUUGACCAAAUUGAUCACUUGCAAGAUCAUUUGUGGUUAAAUUAAAGAGGACUUUUUUAAAAGAAAAAAGUCACAACAGUGAAAUGGCAGUUGGAUUGCUUAUUUUAUUGUACACUGGCUUAUCUACUGUACUGCUGUAUCUUUAAAGAAGUGUAAUAACUGUGUAUGAGUGCGGCUGCAUAUGGAUAUGGGUUCAUGGACUUGGUGUGCAUGUGAAGAGCGCAGGUGUGUAUGGGUGUGUGUGUGUGUGUGUGUGUGUGUGCCGGUGGGUCAGUUUGUCUUGACUCGCGGUUGGUUUGCCUCCCCUUAACAGCCCUCAUGAAGCCUUAAGUAUUUGGUCCUUGGACUUUCCUUUGACAACAAGCAUGAUUAUAAUAAAGGUAUAAUGAAUUCUGAUUUCGAAAAAUAGUCUGUAAAGGAACAGCAUUUUUCCUUGUUUAUUUUUAUUAACUUGAGCUUUUGUUGAAUAGAAAAGCAAUUCUUUAGAAUUACUUUAUAAUGUAAACGAAGAAAUAAAGAAUAUUUUAUCGUCAUUAUGUUUUAUAGCUGUGUGUAGUUCUGGGCUGUAACAAAAUCUUUUUAUUCCAUGUUUCAAAGCUUCAGUUUUGCAAUUUGUGCUAUUUAUAAUUCUGAACUAGAUUUUUUUGCUUAUUAUUUAAAUCCUUUUUUUUUCUUUUGCAAUUGCUGUGAAAUGGAGGAAGCUUCUAGAAGCCUUUCUCAUAUCUGUCACUCUGUGGCUGUUGAUUGAAUGCCGUGGGAAGAAUCUGAAGAGUGCGAGAGUUGUGCUACUCUUUUUUUGUAAUAUUGUAAUAAUAAAAUAAAGUUCUAAUUUAUGCUUUCAA